AUGCACGUGCCAGCGAAUGGACGUAUCUUUGCCAUUUGCUAUCCUAUUCUCGCUGCUAUUGGUGCCCCUGCAAAUUUGUUGGCGAUUGUCGUUCUAAAACGAGGUCGGUGUGGACUCUCCUGUUGCGUCACCUACUACUUGGUGGCAAUAGCGGUGAGUGAUUUCCUUGUCAUCGUCAAUGGGUGCAUCCUGAACCGGAUCGGCGGGAUCUACUUUCGAGACACUGCCCUUGGCACCACGUUUGCAUGCAGACUCAGCAGUUUUCUGAUUUUUGCAGUCCGAGAUGGCUCAGUUUGGUUGACGGUGGCCUUUACCUUCGACCGUUUCGUGGCCAUCUGCCACCAGAGCAUGAAGAACAGAUAUUGUACUCAGAAAACCGCCUCAGUAGUGAUCGGAAUCGUGUGUACCCUGAGCUGCAUCAAGAACACCCCUUUUUACUUCAUUUUUAGGCCAUUGUACAACCUGAACGGCGUGCCCUGGUUUUGCAUUAUUAAAUCAAUCUAUUAUAAUUCGCCCUUCUGGCAAGCCUACGACUGGCUGCACCACAUCUUAGUACCGUUUUUCCCUUUCCUUCUCAUUCUGCUGCUCAAUGUGCUGACUAUAAGUAGCAUAUUAGCAGCCAACAGAGCACGCGAGAGGAUCCGGGGCGCCGAGAAUCGUGCAGACCAGGAAGUGUCCAAUCGCAAGAAGUCUAUAGUACUACUCGUUGCGGUCUCUCUCAGCUUCCUUUUCCUGUGGGCCACGUAUGUUGGACGUUUCUUGUACGUGCAGAUUUCAGGUGAUGGCUACUUUGGUGGCUUGGAAUUCAAUGACCCGCAAUAUAUCCUUCAAGAGACGGCUAUCAUGCUCCAAUUCCUCAGUUCCUGCAAUAAUAUCUUGAUCUACACUGUAGCCCAAAAACAGUUCCGCCAAGAGCUGAAGAACGUGCUGAUCUUUCCAUUCACCACCUUCAGAAUUUGUAUAAAAUGGUAA